CUGAUAUUAUUUCAACAGUUGAAUUUAAUUACUCUGGUGAUCUUCUUGCAACAGGAGACAAAGGUGGCAGAGUGGUUAUAUUUCAAAGGGAACAAGAGAAUAAAAGCCGUCCACAUUCUAGGGGAGAGUAUAAUGUUUACAGUACCUUUCAGAGUCACGAACCUGAGUUUGACUACUUGAAAAGUCUAGAAAUUGAGGAAAAAAUUAAUAAAAUUAGGUGGUUACCGCAACAGAAUGCUGCUCAUUUCCUGCUGUCUACAAAUGAUAAAACUAUUAAAUUAUGGAAAAUAAGUGAAAGGGAUAAAAGAGCCGAAGGUUAUAAUUUAAAAGAUGAAGAUGGAAGACUUAGGGAUCCUUUCAGAAUCACAGCACUACGGGUGCCAAUAUUGAAACCCAUGGACCUAAUGGUAGAAGCAAGUCCCAGAAGGAUAUUUGCAAAUGCACAUACUUAUCACAUAAACUCUAUUUCAGUAAAUAGUGAUCAUGAAACAUACCUUUCUGCAGAUGACCUAAGAAUUAACCUAUGGCAUUUAGAAAUCACAGAUAGAAGUUUUAAUAUUGUAGAUAUUAAGCCCGCUAACAUGGAGGAGCUGACAGAGGUGAUCACUGCUGCAGAGUUCCAUCCUCAUCACUGUAACGUCUUCGUCUACAGUAGUAGCAAAGGAACUAUUCGACUCUGUGACAUGCGUUCCUCAGCCCUCUGUGACAGGCAUUCAAAAUUUUUUGAAGAACCUGAAGAUCCUAGCAGCAGAUCGUUUUUUUCAGAAAUAAUAUCAUCGAUAUCUGAUGUAAAAUUCAGUCACAGUGGUCGAUACAUGAUGACAAGAGACUACCUUUCUGUUAAAGUGUGGGAUCUCAAUAUGGAGAACAGACCUGUAGAGACAUACCAAGUUCAUGAGUAUCUUCGAAGCAAGCUUUGUUCUCUUUAUGAAAAUGACUGCAUCUUCGACAAAUUUGAAUGCUGCUGGAACGGUUCUGAUAGUGCUAUCAUGACUGGAUCUUACAACAAUUUCUUUAGAAUGUUUGACCGAAACACACGACGGGAUAUCACUCUGGAAGCAUCCAGGGAGAGCAGCAAACCUCGUGCCAUCUUAAAGCCACGUAAAGUGUGCACAGGCGGUAAAAGAAAGAAGGAUGAAAUAAGCGUUGACAGUCUGGACUUCAACAAGAAGAUUCUUCAUACAGCAUGGCAUCCCAUGGAGAACAUCAUUGCUGUAGCUGCCACCAAUAAUUUGUAUAUAUUCCAGGACAAAAUUAACUAAAGAUGACUUAACUGAGGACAGAGUCGUCGUCUUGCAUAGUUAAGCUCAGUUGUUUAUCUGUAAAAGAGAAGGCCUUGUUGUCCUACCAGUGAAGAACAUUGAUGCACUUACUUCCCUUUAGAUAAAGGCGAGGGUCUGGCCUGGUUUUUGAGUUCAUGGAGCAGUUCUGCCUGCGGCGGGGUAGGGAGCACCAGUUGCGAGGUUCUGGGAGCAACCCUCUGGAGGCAGAAGCGAUGGACAGUGCUCAGUGAGGCCACUGCUCAAAACAAAUGUAUUUAUUUAAGUCUGAGCCUUCCUUUCCAGUUUAUAGACCAAAAAUUUAACACCCGAGAAGAAAAAUUGUCAUAAAAAUGUAAUUUCUAUCUCUUGCGCUCUUUCUCUGCUGUAAUAUUUCGGCCUUUCAAAACAUAUAUUGUGCUUAAUGCCUGUAAACAUUCCUCCUCUGGCCUGUAUCUAGGCUUAGGUGUUUUUACCUUUGAGCACUUAGGUAGGUCUUGAGUUGGGUUCGUAGACAGGUUUCCAUGAAUAUUUACUCACCGACUGUAUCUAUAACCACACCUUCUGGUGUAAACCACUUAAUAAAAUAACGAACUAUAAAAGUGUUUUUAAAUCUGAAGGUAUGUAUUCAGUCUUCUUAUUUUUUUAUUGCAUGUACUGAGGUUCUGCAGAAUAAUUCUGAUGGGCAGAUUUGACAAUGUUUGCCCCAAAACAUUGAUUUUUGGCAGACUAAUACAAACUUUUUUUGUGUAGUAUUUCAAAUUCUAAAUUUAGAGUUUCCAUGAAAUUGUCAUUUAGUUUAAGUUGCACUGAUUUUCUU